UUAACUGUAUUUGUGGUGCAGAAUCUUCUUCUAAGUUUAUCACAGGUUGUUUUCGUUAUGCGCAGAAAAGGAAAGUAAAAAACGAAGGGAGUACAGCAAAAAGCAGUUAGGAUUAAGGGGCAGAAAAGGUAACUCAAAAAAAAAAAAAACCGAAUUUAGCAGUCCAUAAUUCGGUUCCAUUUUUUUUUUAAAAAUCUAAUAAACUGAUACUUUUUUCGCACAUAAGAAGUAAAAAAAAAAAAAACGACUGACCAUGAUGAACGUUGACAAGAAAGAAUCCGAUCGUAACCUUCCAGAACUUUCUCCACCGUCCGUGGAGAACCAUCCGCCGGCACCGGCAGCGACCCCGUCACGGCAACCACUGAAAGAGCCCACUGCGCCACCGCAGAUGAAACAGACGCCGUCAACAACUGUCAUGAUUCCUUCUAUUGAUCCCAAUGCCCUCUUUAGCGGCGGCGGUAUUAGCUUUCUGACUGGAAACAAAAGUGCUAAGUUCAGCUACGGAUAUGCUAGUUUUAAGGGGAAACGGGCUUCUAUGGAGGACUUUUAUGAGACAAGGAUAUCAGAAGUCGAUGGUCAAAUGGUGGCAUUCUUUGGUGUUUUUGAUGGUCACGGUGGUUCAAGAACAGCAGAAUACCUGAAGAACAACCUCUUUAAGAAUUUGAGUGGUCAUCCUGAUUUUAUCAAAGAUACGAAGUCAGCUAUAGUUGAAGCAUUUAAGCAAACCGACGCCGAUUACCUUAAUGAAGAAAAAGGCCAGCAAAAAGAUGCUGGUUCAACAGCAUCAACUGCUGUUCUUUUAGGUGAUAGAUUGGUUGUUGCAAAUGUGGGAGACUCUAGAGUCGUCGCUUGUAGAGAUGGCUCAGCUAUUCCUUUGUCCAUCGAUCACAAGCCUGACAGAUCUGAUGAGCGUGAAAGGAUAGAACAGGCUGGCGGUUUCAUCAUCUGGGCAGGUUCUGUACAUUUCCAUUCAGAAUCUUCCAAAAUCACAUUGGGUACAUGGCGUGUAGGUGGGGUCCUGGCUGUUUCUCGUGCAUUUGGAGAUAAACUGCUAAAGCCAUAUGUUGUGGCAGACCCAGAGAUUCAGGAAGAAGAAAUUGAUGGUGUAGAUUUUAUCAUAAUUGCAAGUGAUGGACUUUGGAAUGUCCUGUCUAACAAGGAUGCUGUGGCCAUCGUGCAGGACAUAAAAGAUGCUGAAGCAGCAUCACGUAAGCUUAUAGAAGAAGCUUAUUCAAGGGGGAGUUCUGACAACAUCACAUGUGUAGUUGUUCGAUUUGAGAGCGCAUGAAUGGACCUGUUAAGAUAAAAGAUUCUGAAGGAGGAUGUAGGCCUUGUAACUAGCUUAUUUUUCCAACUUCGCCAUACUUCUAGUGAUGAUUAAGCUUCUCAGAUGGCCAUGUCACUUGGAGUUGUGGUCGUGGGGAUUUUUACUAAUGGUCUCUGCUUAUAGACUUGUAAAUUUACUUUCAAUUGUUGUGUGAUGACAAAGUGUAAAUCACGCUGGUAUACUUUUAGUUCUUAAUUGAAUCCUUUCUGACUUUGUAUUUACGUAAUAUUUUCAGUAGAAAACACAAAUCAGAUAUUCCCUA